AUGAUGAUAAUACCGACGACGGAGGAGGUGUGUAACGGUGGCGGUGGUGUAGUGGAGGAUGAUGAUAAUACCGACGACGGAGGAGGUGAUGGGGGUGGAGGAGAUGAUGCUGAAGGGGAUAGAGGUGGAGGUGAGACUACCGACGGCAGUGGAGAUAUCGCAUGUGGAGAUGGUGGUGGUGGAAAUGGAGGAGGGGAUGGUGGUGGAGAAGAUGGAGAUGACGAAGGAGGAGGCAUGAGAGGGAGAGGGAGAGGGGGGGAUAAUAAGGUAAUUCCAAUGGUGGUGGUGGAGAUAGAGGAGGCGGUGAUGAAGAAUAUUGGCGGAGGAGGAGAUGAUGGUGGAGAAGAUGGAGGUGACAGAGGAGGAGGUGUGAGAGAGAGGGGGGGAGAGAUAAUAAGGGUUUUGAAUGGUAAACCUAACAGAAGGAUUAAUGUCAACAUAUUAAGAUAA